CUAGCUCAGGUCUGGAAAUUGCGACUGCAAUUCCAGCUCUCGAUCAAUUUGCUUGCAAAUGAUCAGUUGCUUGAUGAUAAGAGAGGACAUCCCCAGUGGGGCCCACAUCCAUUCCCCUUGUCAUCACUGGAAAUGAACGUGAAAAUCCCCCCCAUCACAUCGUAUAUCCUACUAGUCCGUCACUCUAGCAAUGAAUUAGGAGAUAAAGAAAGAAAAAGAAAAGAAGAAAAAAAACAACUCGUUUUCUCACUCUGUGUCUGUCUUUUUCUUCAGCUAGCCUAUAUAUAUAAAGCCCUCAACAAGCCAAUUUUCAAUAUCACAAUAACAAAACCAAGGAACACAAAGUAUAUAUAAUAUGGCUGCAACCUUGGCUAGCUUUUGCCUCCUAGUCUUGGUGGCAGCCCUAGCACCUCAUCGAGCUUACGCCUCCAUUCGUAGCUCACUUGGCCACAAACGUGCUGCUGCUGCGGCUGCCCCAACAGUCGGUAUAUGUGCGUCUUCGGUGCUUGUAUAUGGCUACCAAUGCCAGGAGCUUCAGGUGACAACCCAAGAUGGUUACAUACUGAGUUUGCAAAGAAUCCCAGAAGGUCGUCAUAGUAAUGGGACUAAGAAGCCGCCGGUCUUAAUUCAACAUGGUGUCCUUGUGGAUGGAGUCACCUGGCUCUUAAAUUCUCCGGAUAAAAAUCUACCGUUGAUUUUGGCUGAUAAUGGGUUUGAUGUGUGGAUUGCUAACACCAGAGGGACCAGGUUUAGCCGACGACAUACUUCCAUGGACCCCUCCGAUCCGAAAUUUUGGAAUUGGUCUUGGGAUGAACUGGUGGCCUUUGACCUACCAGCUGUUUUUGAUUUCGUGUAUAGCAAAACAGGACAGAAGGUUAAUUACGUGGGCCAUUCACUGGGUACUUUGUUUGCAUUGGCAUCGUUAUCAGAUGGGAAACUGGUGGACCAGAUGAAGUCGGCAGCCUUGUUGAGCCCCAUUGCUUAUUUGAGUCACAUGAACACUGCACUUGGCGUGGCUGCUGCAAAGGCCUUUGUUGGUGAGAUCACUACGCUAUUCGGUCUUGCCGAGUUCAAUCCAAAAGGGGAGCCUGUGGCCCAAUUUCUCAAUGCUCUGUGUGUUUAUCCGGGGGUUGACUGCUAUGACUUACUAGAAGCAGUUACUGGAAAAAACUGCUGCCUCAAUUCUUCCACUGUUGAUCUUUUCCUGAAGAAUGAGCCUCAGUCAACAUCCACCAGGAACAUGGUGCACUUGGCUCAAACUGUGCGAGAUGGGGUGUUGGCAAAAUACAACUACGGGAGACUAGACUACAAUUUGAUGCAUUAUGGGAAAUUUAGCCCUCCAAUUUAUAACCUAUCCAACAUUCCCCAUAACCUUCCUCUGUUCCUCAGCUAUGGCGGCCGAGACUCGCUCUCUGAUAUUCGGGACGUGGAGCUUUUACUUGAUAUUCUUAAGCUUCAUGAUGUGGGCAAGCUGACUGUUCAGUACAUAAAAGACUAUGCACAUGCAGACUUCAUCAUGGGGUUGAAUGCCAAGGACAUUGUGUACAAUCAAGUUACUGCCUUUUUCCAGCAGCAACAAUAAUAUUACAACUGAGAUUGAAGUUGAGUUGAAAUCAGCUGCAACUUGCAAACCAUAUCAUGAGCACCUUAAGCUCUAAUUUGUGGUAAAAUGUAUCCAGAAAUUUUGAACAAUAUAUGUCGGUUUUAAAGUUGAUGAGCAAAAUAUUUUAAUGAAUCAAACAAUCAAUGUCAUGACAUUGAUGAUGA